CUCCCACCUUUUCUCCCCUCACUUUUUCUCAAGGCGCAACAUCGUCGUCUUGGAGCAACUCCGUGCGCAGCCCCAGCGAGGACCGACAGCGAGAACGCAAGGGAUACGCACCCCGCCAGAUAGGAGGAAAAAGAAAAUAAGACAAAAAACAUGGCACCGGUGCUCAAACCGGCCACGCGCUCCAGCAGUGGUGUUGUUGGUGGAGGAGGAGGAGGAGGAGGGGGAGGAGAGAAGCGAAAGGCUUCCGAAAUGUACAACAGGAGGGACGAUGGCUUUGGUGGCGGUGGUGACUACGAUGACGGCGACGAUGACGAGAUGGACGAUGGCGGCGGCGCUGGUGGCGGGGCAGCUUCUUAUCAACAGCUGAAGCAAGGUGGCGACGGUUCUCAGAAGCAGGGCGAGCAAGUGGUGACGAAGAGGACACUUCAGAAUCGCAAAGCGCAGCGGGAGUUUCGCAAGCGAAGAGAGGCGCGAGUACGGGAUUUGGAGGAGCGUUGUCGCCGCUAUGACCAGAUGGGCAUCGAGGCCAACUCUGAGCUUCAGCGAGUCGCCCGACGCUUCAAGGAUGAAAAUGAUGCUCUUCGCGGUCUCUUGAUCCGGCUUGGCUUUGGCGGCAUGAUUCCCAAUGCUCUCGAAGGAAUCGGCAACGAAGGCUUUGCACCUGGUCUUCUCGACCAGCAGCCCGGAUCCAGCGUGGCGGGCGAUGGCACCGCAACUGGCACCGGCAACCAUAGCGACUUGGAUGAGGUGGCAGGCGCGACAUUCACAGACCCUCUGGCUGCACUGGGCAACUUCGACACGCGCACCAGGAAUUCGUCGACGAAGCAACAAGCAUCGUUUGAUUCCUCUUCGUCUGCGCCAACUCAAGCACCGCAGCCAACGUUUGACAUGUCGAGCAACCCUGCCGGACAAUCAAUGCCUGCUCCUCAGUGGCCUGGUAGCAUGCGAAGGCCAAGCACUCAUUCUGUCAGCGACGCUAGCUCGCCCUCGAGCGCCCGCAGCAGCCAGAAUGGCAACCCACUGCUGUCUCUUAGUCUUCACCAGGCCAGCGCUCGACAGAGCCAGUCACAGCAGCAGCAGCAGCAGCAACAACAACAACAGCAACAGCAACAGCAACAGCAACAACAGCAGCAAUCAUCGUCAUCUUCUCGUGGUCAGCAGGGUCAGCAUCCAAGCAAGCUCGAUGGCACACCAGUGCAGAGUGGCCCUCGCCUCGCACCGGGACUCUCGCCCGGCGGCGUCUUGAACGCCCUGACAGGCCAAGACGCUAGCAGCAACAGCAACAAUGGGAACAGCCACAACCAGCAGCACUCUGGUGCGGGUCUGAGCGGCUCAGCCAUGCUAGGCGGGCCGCCGAUGCGCGGCUUCGGCAUCUCUCCGAACGGUAGCAACCAAGGGAUCAACAGCCACAUCUACCCCGUGCCUCAGCGCACGCAUCAGAACGAUGCGCUGCUGAACCCUAAUCCGAUCCCCUUUGCCUUCAACCUAUCCAACGAGCCGCCGCCACCGUCGCAGGCGAGCUGGUGGGAGCAAAUGGGUGGCGGUAGACUCUCACCAGGCAACAACCAACAGGGCAUCCUCGACGAGAAGGCCCAGGCGGUGGCGAUGGCCCAGAACAACAACGGUGGUUCUCAGAGCCCCUUCGAUCUCAGUGCUUUUCUUCAGGGAGGCAACACCCCCGGUGGUAAUUUCUUCUUCGGCUUUGGCAGUCCUCACAACCAACCGCCCAGCAGCCAGGAGGAGGGAGGGGGAGGAGGAGGGUGGUCACCGGCCAAAAAUGGCAAUGGAUCUGGCGGCUCCGGCCCUGGCACCAACAACGACACAGACCAUAUGCGCAUGUUCAUUCGCCUCCUCGAGCGCAAAGUCGCUGAGCGCGAGGCGAGGACCGUGGCCGCCUUGGGAUUUCAGCCGCCAUCUCAAGAUCCGUCGCAGCGAAGCAGUCACUCGUGGCUCACGGCAGCAUCGCCAACCUCGUCGCAUGCUAUGCCUCGAAUCACAAAUGUCGGACGUCAGUCGCUCACCCCGAGCGGCUUUUACUCUCGCCUCGCAGAGCACCCCGCCUUCUUGUCGACCAGUGCCAAAGAGCUCGAAGAGUUGGUUGAUGCCAUCGGCUCUGGCGCUGCCCGAUCACCCACAGGCUCCGAUGAUGGCCUCGACAGCCGUCUCUCACACAGUUCUGAUGUCUCGCACAACUCCAACAGCGUAUCUCGUGCCAUUGCAAGUAGGCCCUCGCGCUCCCCGUCCAGCCAUUCCAACUCUAGCGAACCGAGCCGCGGCGUAGAGGUGGACGAGGGAGCGGUGCACAAGCUCCUUGGCUUGCUCGACCGCAAGAGCCCAAGACAUCGCCUGCCUUCACCUCACCAGAGCUUCAACAUGGCCAUGACUUGAUCAUCCUUUCUCCGGCUUACUCUUUCUCUGUCUCUGUCUCUCACUCUCUCCUCUCUUUUCACCGUCUUUUCGCAUUGCAUACCGUGCUCCUGAAUUUGUAUUUUUUAUAUAGUCACUUACUCUGCCCGAUAGCUUUACUUUCCCUUGUCCUUAUGUUGCAAUUUUCUGCCCACGUUCUGUGCUCUCUCCACGAAGCGAGAUUUUCAAAAGAGAUUAAAGCUCGGCUGAAAGCAGCUCCCACCUCGGGCUAAUGCG